CCACCCAACGUCGGCUGCGAUCGCGACGUGAGUGUCCUGUUCGAGGCGGCGACGCCGUUGGAGGGCGUUUUCGGUGUAUCGCUUUCAAGUUUUCGCCUCUCGCACGGUCCCCCAGCCUGCGCCGCUCGCGAGACGAUUUGCCUGGCCUCGAAACGCUGAAUAUCGAGGCCGACGACCAUGGCGGAACAAUUCAUUGGGUUGCGCAUGCGCGUCACUCUUCGGGACCCCGCAGCCUACAAGCUCGAUGGAACCAUUCGCGACGUUGCGGCAGGCAGUAGUCUGACGCUGACGAACGUGUUCGUUGUUGGUACCAAGAACUGGGCUCCUGAAAUGCGCAUCAACGCGAUGAACAUCGCGGACCUCACCCAGAUCGAAGACGAAAAGCCCUCGCUCUACAACGCUCCUCCACCAGCCCCUGAACCUGCCGCUCUUCCCGCCCGCCCGCCACGGCAGGCAUUCGAAGACCCUGCGAUCCUCAGCUUUGGAAGGACAACAGCUGUGCCGGACAGUACUGUUGCAGGCCCCGAGGUACUCAGUACCCCGGAGUUGGCCUUGGAUCUCGAAGACAGUGAUUUGCCAGGGGUUCUGAGGGGCAUCCACGUCGGUCGGGGCAUGGUCAAGCCUCUGACGCCGAUCCAGGAUGUAGUAGAAGCGAUCGAUCAGCAGCUGCGAAUCGAGAAUGGGGGGCAGCACAGCGAGGCUGGAAAGGCCACAGAUACCGAAGGUGAAAGGCAAAGGCGGAAAAGACGUCGCAACAAGGCAAAGAAGCAGCAUGCCCAUGAUUCGGACGUUCCGAGCUCACCAGGCGACAAACCUAGCGUGCCUACGAACGGUCGCGGCAAAGGCUGGAGGCAGACACCCAUGCUGCAGAGCACAGCAUCAUUCCAGCCAUUCUCUUCGCUCAAGAAACAGGGGCGUGGGGGGAAAGGCGCGGCCGACAAUGGGUGGGAGUCUGCCGAUGUCACAGAGGAGAUGGGCGAGUUUGACUUUGAAAACAACCUGGCCAAGUUUGACAAGCGUGCCGUGUUUGAUCAAAUGCGCAAGGAAGACCAGAUUGACGACGCCAGCCGACUUGUCGCGCACAACCGACGACCGAAGCCCGGUACCGGCAAUGGUAAAAACCUACACUACACGGAGAAUGUGCUGGACCUUCCACCAUCGACCAGGUCACACGCCGACUUUUGGAACAGCGAGGCGGACGAAGGGCUGGCCGAGGUUGAGGUCGAAAGGCUGAAUGGGCGUGACUUCAAAGGAGCGCCCGCGCUACGCAGAGCAGAGAGCAAGAAUGGGAUAUCCAGGAGGUCGCGAUCACGCAAGGCCAGCAGCGGCAUGACUGGGGGCCAUCCCCUGACCCGUGUCAACUCUGGGGUAAGUCAUUACGUGACAGUGAUCUCCCCAAUUCGCUAUGCUAACCUUUUGCAGCAAGCGUAUAACCCGGGACUCUACCUACUGCCUUCGAACCGACGUGUGGAAGCGAUAUCGACACUCCAGAUGCUUAACCUUGAGAACAUUGCUGCAAAUGAGGUCGGGUUCACGGAGGAGCUCAUGGCUGAGAAUGCCGGUCGAGGCAUCGCAGAGGUCGCAAUCAAGGCAUUGUCUGACCCGGCGAUGAAAGUCCGCUUUGAGCUUGCCACCAACAGCUCGUCAGCCGGUGCCCUGCUCGCCAGUUCGUCCACCGUCAUCCUGGCGGGAAACAACAAGUCAAGCAUCCGCGCACUGGCAGCAGCGCGUCAUCUCCGCAAUCGCAACAUUGAUGUGGUGGUUUGCGUAGUCGGCAUUGAGCGCGAACGGGAUCUCAUGGAGGACCUCCGACGACAGAUUGCGCUGUACCGCGCUUUUGGCGGUCGUGUUCUGAGCAAAAACGAGUUUUUUGAGCAUCUUCGGAAGAACGCGGCUUCUGGGGCCAGUGUGCCUGUCUCGCUCAUCGUUGACGCAAUGCUCGGGCUGACCAUGUCUUUCGAGGAACUGCGUGUCGGUGAUCAAGCGUCGGUGUAUGAGCUCAUGGAGUGGGCGAACCGAAAUGAAGCGUUUGUGCUAGCGGUCGAUAUUCCUUCCGGCAUUGAACCUACGUCGGGCAAGAUCGCCAUCAUCGAUGGAGGUCCUCUCUUCGUCAAGCCCCGGUACGUCGUGGCAAUGGGGGCCCCAAAGCGAGGACUGCUUGAAGCUGUCACGCCGCCGCGUGAAGACGAGCCUGGGGCCUUGCACUACGCCGGCCACGAGGACGACUGGCGGCUGUUCGUGGCCGACAUGGGUCUGGGCAGCGCUGUAUGGAAGAAAGCAGGCACCAAGCUACGGCGCGGCAUCGACUUUAGCGGCAACUGGGUGCUGGAGAUGGAGUAUCGCACUGAUGGAUACGGGUCGGCGCGGUCUGGGGAGCAUUGAUAUCAACAGGACUAAUGGUCACAGUUAUGGUUUACAGGAUGAACAUUGCUGGAAAAGCAAAGCGUGCGG